AUGAUAUCCGACGAAUCCAAUACUCAGAUAGUAGACUAUUUGCCUCCUAUUAAUGCGUCGCCCACUUCAUACGAUGUAGUUUACGAGACGUUGUGUUAUACACGUUCUAUUGCCGAGAAAUGCCAUCAAAGCCAAAUAAUCGUUACUUAUGAUCUCGCUAUAGCGAAGAUGGCCAUGCAAAUACAAAAGCAAGAAAGCCCUUAUUUCGAUCACAUUUUUAUAAAUCUUGGUGCUUUUUAUAUGCAGAUGGCUUAUUUCAAUGCUAUUGGUACAAUCAUUGACUCCUCCGGUUUGAUAGACAUUUUGGUUCAAUCUGAAGUUCUUGCCGGUGGCUCAGUAAAUGCUUUUAUAGGCGGCAAGCACUUUAACAGGUGCAAACGUAUUUACCCCCUGCUAAGCGCUGCUCUACAGACACUACAUCUGCAACGUUUUCUCUCCGAAGAAAAUAUUGAACUUCAAGAAAUGUCCGAGGACCUACUGCACUUAAAAAGUUGCCCAACGGGACCAAAUGAGGCACUUCCGCUUUCUGAUUCACUUACAUCUGUUGUUAAUCGAUAUCGAGAUUUCCAUGAGUUGACUUUGGCUGGUAUUCAUGGUAAAAGUGCGCAGUAUUACAUCCAAUUUGUCGAGCUAAUUUCCAUUUAUCACAUAUUUUCGAGAAGCAUUAGAAGUGGUAAUUUAGAUAUUUAUAUAGCUUCGAUCUCGGAUAGGGCUGAUUUGUUCUUCAUUAUGAAUCAGCCAAACUACGCUCGUAGGUCUGUCGCUUACUUAAGCAAUUUAAUCAGAUUGAAAACAGAAAAUUCGCCAUUGGUGUUGCAAUUCCAUCAAGGAGCUUUCGGUGUCAAACGCACAUCCAAUAAGUUAGCACGCGCUCCAAUCGAUUUGACUCUCGAGCAAACAAUCAACGCGGAUGCUGGUAAUAAAUUGACGGGAGUUAGUCACCUGACUGAUUCCUUUUCUGCGCGUCAAAGGUGGGCUUUAAGUCACAGCAUGCGAACAAAGAUCAUUUCUAAAGUUUUGGAAGGUGUCUCCCUUUCUCGAAAAGAUGACGUUUCCCAUUCUUUAAAAUCCGAUAGAAUAAAGAAAGAUCGUAAACAUCUCGACUCAAUCAUUCAAACUAUACAUGAUAAUAUGAAUCCUUUUAGUGCAACCGUUGAUCAGAAAUAA